AGAGUCCAGAACAGAGUCAGUUCAGUUCGGUUCUGUCAGUUCAGUGUACGUACAGUACUACAACAGACAGACGACGACGUCUUUAACUUUGUUUGUUACCGUUAGGAGACUUGACAGGAGUUGCCUAGAACCCCUAGACCUACUAAAACUUAACUGACAUUGGAAGUGGAUUUAUGUGUUUAUUUAGUGCAGGGUUUAUUUAAUCCUAUUUAAUAAAUUAUUCAUAUUUUUUGUGGUAUAAAGAUACACUCUUGAGUAUUUCGUUCAGCCUUUUCUUUUUUGUUUGAUUAAUAUUUGAAAAUCUAACAGAAGGCUAAACGUCAGUUAGUAACCCUUCUUCUAACCGAAUAAAACCUUUAUAAAACAUAAGUUAAAUUAGUUUUCAAACUAUAUUUAUUACAAUUCAAUUUGUGCGGGACAUAUACCAUCCAUGAGGCUUUUGCACGGAAACGGGCCCCAAGUGAUGGAAUAGGCCUUGGUUGGAUCCCAGCCACGUCCACUUUCUGAGAGCUUCAGUUAUUGUUUAUGUUAUUUGGAUUUAUUAAGGAGCAGGGCCGGGAUGGCCGCUGGGAGCUCACUAGUCUGGCUCAUCUGCUUCUCGCUGCUCACAUUGGGAGUGAGAGUGAGAGCCAACCAGCCGCCAGUGUUCACAGAUGACAUGGACAACCUGAUCCUCCAAGAGGACACCCCGGUCGGCACCAUAGUACACCAGUUGAAGGGUAGUGACCCUGAGGGCUCCCCUGUACACUAUGGGAUUGUGGGUACGGAUAGACUCAAGGCAGACCCUUCCACAGGAGAGGUCAAACUUGUUCUGCCUCUAGAUAGAGAGGUUAACGACACCUUGAGGUUUUUUGUUACACUAGAAGACGAAGUAGACAAUACAGAUAACUCCAUUGCCAAUAAUCUAGUCCAAGUUCCUGUUUCUGUCAUUGUAGUUGAUGAAAAUGACAAUGCUCCAGUGUUCAAAAAUUCACCAUACGAGGUAUCCGUGGCAGAGGACACGCCUGCAGGCACCACGGUGUUCUCUGGUGUUAUUGUGGAGGACGCAGAUCUCUCAGGAGACACUCUGGAGGUUCUGUGUGUGGAACAUCCUCAGUUCCCAAAGACUUGUUCUAAGUUUUCAAUAGAGAGCUGGAACUCGAGUCAGUUCAGUUACCAUGGAGGUGUGGUGCUACAAGACACCUUGGACUACAAUGAGAGACAAUUCUAUCAGUUGCUUCUUGUGGCCACGGAUGGAGUACACAACACAACUACAGGGCUGGAAGUGAAGGUGGUAGAUGUACAGAACACAGGGCCUGUGUUUCUGGGCUCUCUGACUGGGGUGAUACAAGAGGAUGACCCCAUAGGAACUCUGGUGAUGACUGUACAGGCUAGGGACGGGGACCGAGGCCAGCCCAGGAAGAUAUACUACGAGCUGGUUACCAAUCCCUUAGACUACUUCCUGCUGGACAGUGAGACUGGAGAGUUGAGGACAGCCAAGCCUCUGGACCGUGAAGCUCUACUCAACUCUACAGGUGUAAUAUCACUGGAGAUUAAGGCCAGAGAGAUGGUGGAUGGGGUGUUAGGUAAUGACCCAUUGACCACUACGACCACUGUAGCCUCCGUCACCAUCAAGGAUGUCAAUGAUGAGCCUCCGAGGUUCAACCAACGAGAAUACAGCGUCAGUCUGCCUGAGAACAUUGCAGACGGCACGACUCUGCCCAACCUCAACAUGAUAGUCACUGACCCUGAUGUGGGCAAGAAUGCAGAGUUUUCCCUACGUCUGUCUGAUGUUUCAAAUUCCUUUGCUGUUGAACCCACCCAUGCCAGUGGUUCUACUGCAGUUUCCAUACGAGUGGUCAAUGGUAAUCUGGAUUAUGAAGACCCUAACAACAGGAAAUUUAUUGUUUUGGUGAUAGCUGAGGAGACAGAGACAGAGCGAAAGUUGUCUUCCACCGCUACUGUGACUGUGGAGAUAACAGACGCGAAUGACAACGCGCCACAGCUGCAGGAGGAGGCGUUGGUAGCCUCAGUCAGUGAGACAGCAACACCAGGCACUGCGGUGGCGACCUUCACUGCCUCUGACAGAGACAGCGGAAUGUACGGUCAGGACAGCAUCGUCUACCAGCUGAUAGGCGACGGUGCUGACAAGUUUGAUGUUGACAAGAAGACAGGAACCAUUACUGUGGCGGACUGUGACCAGCCAGGUGCCCCGCACUGUCUGGACUUUGAGACCCGUCAGGUCUACUUUCUAUCUUUCAAGGCCACGGACGCCGAAGGCCAGGGUCAGAGCACUGUAGUCCCGCUCAAGAUCUCCCUGUUGGACAGCAAUGACAACCCUCCUGCGUUUACCAGUGACGUUUAUCGAGCAGUUAUUGACGAAGGAGCUACAAAGUUUGAACCCCCGCUUCAGGUUCAGGCCAGAGAUGCAGACAAGACGUCACAGGUGAUGUACUCUAUAGUGGAUGGCAAUGAACAUGGACUGUUUGUGAUAGACAAACACUCUGGAGAGAUAACUGUGGCCAACCCUCGUGGCCUGGACAUGUCUCAAGUCAACACUGACUAUAUCAACCUCAUCAUUCAGGCAAGUGAUGGCAUGUUCCACAACAACUGCUCUGUCAACAUCACAGUUCUGGACGUCAACAACAACGCUCCUGUGUUUUCUGAGGACAGUUACUCUUCAGUGGUCAUGGAAGACACACCAGUAGGUACAAGUGUGGUGCGAGUGGCUGCCACAGAUGCAGACAUGGGUAUCAACGCAGAGCUGGUGUACAGGAUAGAGAAGGGAGCGUUUGAUGACUUCAGCAUCAACAACAAGACAGGAGAGAUACAAGUGGCUAGCAAACUGGACUACGACCUGCGUAACUCCUACAGCAUACACGUCAUAGCUGUGGAUGGAGGUACUCCUCCCUUGACUGGCACUGCCCUGGUAGAUGUCAAAGUUCUCAACAGCAAUGACAAGAUACCAUUUUUUGAUCCUUCUACUCAGAGGGCUGAAGUGGCUGAAGAUGCUGCUGUAGGUACUGUUAUCUACAAACUGGUAGCUAGAGAUCUGGACGUAGACUCUCCUGAAGCCCUCAACUUUGCUGCCACUGAUCCUAUCACUGCUACUGACAAGAACGGCAAAGAAGUCAAGAGUGAUGUUACCUUUAAGGAGUUCUUCACCAUCAACAGAGCCACAGGGGAGGUGAGUGUGGCGCGACCGCUACUGAGGGAUGUAGCUUCAGUAGUCAGCAUCAGUAUGUUGGUCACCGACAUCACUGCUCCUACAGUACAGCAAGGCACAGGGACUCUGAUAGUGACCAUCCUUGAUGUGAAUGACUACGCCCCGGAGUUCCCUCCACCCUGGACCAAGGAGAACCCCUCGUAUAUCCUGGACCUGAUGGAGGACCAGCCACCCGGCUCUCACCUCGGCACCUUCACUGCCACUGACAAGGACUCUAACAUUGCCUACUAUGAGAUACAGCCACCCUCUCCAUACUUCAUCAUCAACAACGCUACUGGGAUGGUAACAACAAUGCAGAAGAUUGACUAUGAGAAGACACCGCAGCUCAAUUUGACAGUGAUUGCUUAUGACAGUGGAGCACCUCAGUUCUCAGCUCAGGCUCAUGUCACAGUCAAUAUUGUCAACAUUAACGACAUGGAUCCUGUAUUCAACCAGACAGAAUAUUUGGCAAGUGUUAAUGAGAAUGCACCAGUGGGCACUGUGGUGACGACAGUGAAUGCUGAGGACUCAGAUGCUGGGGAAUACGGGGCAGUGAGGUACCACAUUGCGGGGGGUAGUGGGGCCCUGACCGUGGACCCUGUCACUGGGGAUGUGACUGUGGCAGACCCUUCACAGCUGGAUAGGGAGACCACUUCUGAUCUGACACUGACAGUUGUAGCUACAGACAUGGCCCCGCCUGACACUGCCCGCUCCACCACUGCUCUGGUGAAGGUGAAGCUGCUGGAUGUUAAUGACAAUCCUCCCAUAUUCACCACUCACCUUUACAAGGCUAGUAUAGAAGAGACCAUCUCCUUGUCCCCACCAGGCCCCAUAGUACAACUGAGGGCCCAGGACAAUGACCAGACAUCACAGCUCAAGUACUCCAUCCUCUCUGGCAACAUCGGAGAUGUGUUCUCGCUGGACCCUGUCACUGGGAUCCUGUAUCCUCAAGUAUCACUGAUGGGACAACCACACCACUAUACGUUGCUAGUUGGCGUCAGUGACGGCAAAUACACGGACCAAGCCAAAGUGGACAUAACCAUCCUGGAUGUCAACCAAAACCAGCCAAAGUUCAUCGACCCUCCCUCCCAGAAUGCUACUGUCUAUGUAACAGAGACGGAUGAAGCUGACACUCUGAUCAUGACAGUGAGAGCAGAGGAUGGAGAUCCUGGGGAGAAUGGUAGAGUCACUUACCACUUCAAGGCUAAUGACUCCAACGUCCAGGAGACUGAUGAGUUUGUCAUCAAUGCUGAGACAGGAGAACUCAGGUCCAAGAUCAUCCUGGACAGAGAGACCAAGAAACAGUAUCAACUGGUGCUGGUGGCCAGAGAUCAUGCGUCCCCCAAGUGGUACGAGGCUCUGAGGUUCCUCACUAUCAUCCUGCAGGACGUAGAUGACAACUUGCCACAGUUCACAGAGUCUCAGCCUUACAUGUUCCACGUCAUGGAGAACCUGCCACCCAGGUCCCGCAUAGGCAAGGUGAUGGCUGUGGACAAGGAUGAAGGAGAGAAUGCUAAAGUCUACUACUACAUUGUGGAGGGCAAUCAUGACCGCAGCUUCAUCGUGGACCGUCUGGACGGCACUAUAUACAGCAACACCAGUCUAGACAGGGAGACAAGAGAUACUUACGAGAUAUACAUCAAAGCAACUAACGACCCUGACUAUUAUGUUGCCAAGGAUAGCAGCUUGCCUACAAAUGCCACCAGUGUGGCACAUGUUCGGAUCGUUGUACUUGAUGAGAAUGACAAUGCGCCCAUGUUCCAACAAUCUGUCUACUACGCUGGAGUGAACGUGAUGGCAGACACAGGCCAGUUCCUGACUGAAGUGAUAGCCUCAGACCCAGACGCUGGACACAACGCCAGUCUCACAUACAUGGUGGUGGCGAGUCACUUGUAUCGUGGUGGCGCCACUGUCUCGUCUGGCUCUGUCGUGCCAUCGCCCUUCAGUGUGUCGCCCAGUGGCCGAGUACAUACUGUCACACUGGUCGCUGAGUACAACCAAGACCGCUUCUUGCUGGAGUUGGUCGCCAGAGAGAAUGCUCAUCCUUUCAGAGAGGCUAAGGCUACUGUGCAUGUUUGGGUGUAUGAGCAGCCGCAGCUGAUCAGAGUGAUUCUGUCUCGGCCACCUGAGGAGGUGAAUCGCCAGAGAGAAGGCAUUGUCUCUGAGCUGUCCAACGCCACACAGAGCAUCGUGGUAGUUGAUGACAUCCGCUACCAUCUCAACCAACUUGGCCACAAACAGACUGACUGGUGUGACAUGUAUCUUCAUGUGGUCAACCCCAAAACACAGACAAUCACCCCAGUCCCUGAGGUUCUGAAAGUCAUUGAUGCAAAAUAUGACUUCCUCAAGGAUUGUUAUGCUGGAUUUGCCAUUGAAAAUGUGAUCCCAGCAUUUGUGCGUGUGAGGGAGGAUACCUUUGAGCCAGCCCUUGCUGCAUUGAUCGCUCUUCUAAUAGUCCUCUUCGUAGGCUGUGUGUCUGUCAUUGUUGUCUGCUGCUGCUUCAGACAUUGGGUUAUUGCAGAACCUAUGGACAUGAAAUCUUCAGAUAUGCUUAUUAAAAAAGCCAUUCUCGAUGAUUUAAAUACCACUGAAAACCCUUUGUGGAUUGAACAAAAGCUGAAGCUGUAUGAGGAGCAGGAGCUGACCAUGCAAGUGUUCUGUGAGCCGGAGAUCAGCGGACAGCCUGGACAUGACAGGAGAGACUCAGCAGAUAUGUCCAUGAUGGACAACACGUAUGCCACUAUACAGCAGCCCAGCAGACGAGGGUCUCUCAACACUAUGUUGUCUCUGGGUGACUAUGCCACGCUAGGUGGCUCAGUGCUGCCUCUGGACAAUGUCAGCUCUCACAGCCAACAGAUGCUAGAGGCUGCUUUAGGGUUCCAAGGCUCAACAUUUCAAGUUCCGGAGAACAGCGAGGUGUUCAGAGGCAGACCUGCAGAACUGCGAGUCAACAAAGACGGGCAACCUGAGUUUGUCUCUGAACUCAUAUGAAUCUCAUAUUGUAGAUAAACCAAGACAUCGAAGUCAAAGACUAGAAAUCUCAACUGUGGCUUCCAGCCUGUAUACUCAAACAUUGUGUGCCUUUAACAAACAACAUUUAGACUAUUUUCUAUGACUGACAAGUCAAAUGGCUCAUGGAAAAUGACCUAAAUAGGUUUAAUGUGAACUAAGAUUGAUUUCUUAUAUAUAUUUUGGGCUCAUCACAUACACCUUCACACCUUGCUCAGUAUAUGUGAUCUGACUGAAACUUUCAUGGGUUGUAAGGGGUUUUUACUAUGGGUAUCAGUAAUAAUAAGGUCAUAAUAGUUAAGUAAAAAGAACAAAAUCCUUUCACAUUCGCUGUGAAAUAGGUUAGUUUGUGUCUUAAAGUAAGACUGUAUACCGUUUAAGUAUUUAGUAAUGGUUUAAUCAGUAUUUAAUAUUAUUUAUUAUUUUGCACAGUUAAGUGUAACAACGACAAUUUUAUACUAUUACAGCCAGUAUUUUAAAGUAGUUUUACGUUUCAGUUUUCACCUUUAAGAUUUUCCUGUUGCAUUUGGCGUACAUUUUUACUUGUUAUUUUAUAAAACAAGACAAAAUUCUUUUGAUUUUGGUAUAAGUCUUAUCAUAAAAACAUGUAUAUAUAUUAUGAAAAUGAAUAUGCCAAGAUCUCGAUUGAUUACACAAUUAGGACGGUACAAUAUUUUUAAUAUUAUAUAUAUAAAUGUGUAUGUUAUACUGAUACUGUACUGAGUGUGACUAAAGUUUGACAUCGACCAACACUUGCAUCAAGUGUUCAGUUGUCACUAACAGGCACACCAGUUAUAUUACUAUCAUUAUUGAAGAAGUAUUUUAAACGGUGAAUAUAUAUUUUUAUAAAUUAUUUACUAUGAAUUGUAUGAUACGCUCAAUUUACAAUAUUCCAAAUGUUCAUGUAUUUUAGAUUUUAUAGUAUGUAUUUAUGGAUUUAUAAAUCUUUUUUAAGACAGUUUUCAAAGUCAUGGAUCAUGUUCAAAUCAUUGUAUUAAAUAUUUUGUACAUUUGUCCAUACCUGUAUUAUAAUUACUUAGUUUAGUAAUUAUAUUUUUAGUUAGUAGUUUGGUGCCAAAUUGAUGAGCAAUCAGAUUUUGAGAAUCUUAAAGCUAAAUAUUUUGAGAACCACAUUUAUUUUAACUAAAUACAAAAAUACUCAAAUAA